AUGAAUAAUGUAUCAAUGGUGUCUGGCAAACCGAGUGCAGGAGAUGCUAUGAGUAAUGGCAACAACUACAAUCUUUCAUUUCCAGCUUUGCCAGUUUUGAAGACUUCGGAGACAAAUGGAACUGCACAAUUUAAAAAACGGAGUAAUUUCAAAUCUUCAACGGUGAACGAAAUAAUUACUAUACCUGCCCAAGACAGACAUUGGGACAGGAAUAGUCAAUUAGAGCACGAAAAAUGUAAAGAAGCAUAUAUGAAAAUUGGGAAAGAGUAUAAUGUAGGAAUAGAGAUUUGUAUUUCAAAAACCAUGGAUCUUACUUUACAAAUCAGCGGCAAUAGAGUUAAUGUUGAACGAGCAAAACAAAAGAUUAUCACAAUCGAACAAACUCAAAUUAAAACUACUACUACACCGUUUCCAAAAGAACAUCGAAGUAUGUUAUUGGGCAAACAAGGACUUAAUCUUAAGAAUAUUGAAAAACGUACAGGAGCACGUCUUCAAAUACCGUGUAUGAAAAAUUCAGCUGACAUAAUUUAUAUAACCGGAACAAAGGAUUCCACGAAAAAAGUAGUUCAAGAAUUGGAGGAAAUUAUAAUUAAAUUGAAAAGUAAAACUGAAAAAGAAAUAAAAAUUGAUCAACGUCACCACGGAGCGAUGAUUGGUUUCAACGGUGAAAAAGUUCGAGAACUUCAGAAAAUAUUUAAUGUUAAAAUUAUAUUCCCCAGUCCAGCUGAGGCUAGAAAUAAUUUGGUUAAAAUACAAGGUUUGAACGAUGAUGUAAAUAAAGCAUUUAAAUCAUUAGCUGAAUUGGCCGAAGUAUUGGAUGAAAUCAACUAUGUGUUGGAAAUUCCUAUUUUUAAACAAUUUCACAAACUUAGUGCUAAAAAGAGAGCAAUAUUUAUUAAAAAGAUUAGAGAAGAGACUGAUACGAGAAUUUUUUUACCACGCGAAGGAGACAAUAAGGAUGUUAUUAAAGUCAUGGGAAAUAAAAGAAAAGUUAUAAUCGCUUAUGAUAUGAUUAAAGAAAUACAAAAUGAAAUUGGAGACAUAAUAACAAAGGAAAUGGUGUUGGGAAAUGUUAAAGUUAGAAAUGCCAUUGUAAAUCUUGGGAAUAAAUUCAUUCAAUCUAUAAAAGAAGAUUGUGGGGAUAAUGUGACAUUGAAUUUACCAACUGUUAAAGGAGAUAAUACUAUAGUUAUCAAAGGACCUGAAGAUGAUGUUAAAAAUGUUAUUACACAAAUUCAGACAAUGGUUGAUGAAGUUCAUAAAUAUGUGUUUGAUAUGAAAGUAAAUCCGAAGUUUCACAAAUAUUUAAUUGGAACAAAUGGAGACAAUGUUAAAAAGAUCAGACAUUUAACGAAUACAAGAAUAAUUUUCCCGUCUGAAACAGAUUCCACUAAUGAAAAUAUAACUAUUGUUGGUAAAAAAGAGAAUGUUAAUAAAGCAAAAGCAAAAUUUGAAGUUAUGAUAACCGAUAUUGGUAAAGUCAUCGAAGGACAUGUAGAAAUCAAUGAAAAUAAUCAUGGCACUUUAGUUGUCAAACAAAAAGAAUGUAUACACAAAUUGGAAAAUGAAUGUGGCGAUGUUAAAAUUGAAUUUCCUAAUCUUGGUGCUGGAGAUAAAGUUGUGAUCAGUGAUAGUAAAGCAGAUGUUGCUCUUUCUAAACAAAGACUUUCCGACCAUGCUAAAGUUUUGAAAAACAUAAUUGAAGUGACUAUGAACGUUCCUCCAAAAUAUCAUGAUCAUUUUGUUGCCCACCACUCUGAUAUAAUAAACCAGAUAAGUGGGAAACAUAAUGGAGUUACUAUUAAAUUUCCACAAGCUAGUUCCAAUUCAAGUCAAGUUUUGAUUAAAGGCCACAAGGAUUAUGUUGAAAAAGUUAAGAAUGAAAUCAAUAAUAUUAUUAUUGACUUGCGGCGUAGCAGUGGUGCAGUGGAUGCGACGCACCGAGGCCCUCGUGAUUUGGGGCCCUUAAUUCAAAAGAAAACUAAUAUGAAAAAAAAUAGAAGCUUGCGUUAA